AUCAGUGAGUGCGUCAUGUAUUGUUAUUUUCAGUUCGAUCGAUGCUUACAUGAGUUUUAUGAGCCUUUAUUCUGUGAUUAUAUAUAAAUGGAGAUAGGAAUCUAACACGGUCUUCGUUACUUUCAGUCCACGGACUGACUGUACUGAUUUUGAACAGUAUUAGCUAACCUGUAUUGUUGUUGGUGUUCAUUAGACUUGUAGACCGAAUAAGCACAUUCGAGCAAAAGAUUUGAACACCUGCAGUUAAAUUCGACUGCUAAAGCUCGUAUGUUAACAUUGUUAACCAAAUAAGCAAGUACAACAAAAUGAGUGACACGGAAGAAAAUAAUUUAUCAGAAAUAGACGACGUUUCUGGAAUAAACAAUAAGGCUUGUGUACAAUACAAAAAAUGUUACGAUAGAUUUAUGGAAUGGAGGAAAAAAGAAAAUAUAUCUACGGUCUCAGAAAAGGCAUUGCUGUCUUAUUUCAAAGAUAUAGCCACAAAAUAUGCACCAACUACCUUAAUGGUUGAAUAUACUGCACUCAAAAUGACAUUGAAGCUUUAUGAAAAGACGGAUAUAACCACUUUUGCCCAGCCACAGCAGUUUCUAAAGCAAAUGUCUGAAGGGUAUGUGACUAAGAAGACGAAAACUUUUUCACCUUUGGAAAUUGAGAGGUUUAUAAGAGAAGCGCCGGAUGUGGUUUAUCUAUGUGUAAAGGUAGCUGCUAUCUUCGGUGUACUGGGCUCUUGUACAAGACAAGAAAUGCACAGACUUUUAUUCAAAGAUGUCAAAAUUCUCAACGACACACUAAUCGUCAAUAUAAUGAAAAAAAAAGAUAUAGACCGAACAUUUGCCGUCUCCGGUAAAUAUUAUGACAUAGUGAAAAAAUUCAUUGAUUUGAGGCCAAGGAACUCUUUUACCGGACAUUUCUUUGUCAAAUACUUUAACGGAAAAUGUCACAGUUUCAAUGUCGGGAUCAACUCGUUGGGCCUCAUGGGUAAAAAGAUAGCGACGUACCUGAACUUGCCAGAACCGGAGUUGUACACCGGAUUGUGCUUUAAGAGGACCGCUGCCAGUUUGAUUAGCGAUGGAUUAGGAAGCAACAUAGUUAAAGCGCUAAAAACGUCGGCGAGGAAAGAACGGACGAAUGUUCUAUCAAACAUUAUUGAGCAUUCAGUUCAGGAAGAGGUGGCGGAGACACACAGUUCAGAUGGCUUCGAUUAUGACGUCAGCGCGCCACUGCCAGAGCCUCCAGAGUGUGGGCCGGGAGCUGAGCAGUGCCGGUUCUGCGGCUUCGUCAAGGAAUGCUUUCCGGUCGACCAGACGGUCUACCUUAUGGGAAACAAGACUACUCUCGCGCUCAACCAUCUUCGUGUCGAACUGGACUUCAGCAUCGACACUCUGCCGAAAACCGUCUGCCGCGACUGCGAUAGCAAGCUAGUAGAAAUAUUAGAAUUCAUCAAACAAGUCAACACUGCACAGUUCUCACUUCUCACAGUUUGCGCAAACAAUGCUACAAGUGCUGCAAAUUUGGACCAAAAUCACAGAGUGAUUAAACGCAUUGUAUGUGAUUCUCGAAUAGUUAAAAUUGCUAAACUUUCAACCCACGACCAUAAUUACGACGUUCCACGUGUUCAAACAGAAGUAGAAGAUGGUAAAGUUGACAUUUAUGAAGACAUAACGAUCGGUGAAAGGGUGUAUUCGAAAGGAACUGAUAAAAUGAAAUAUGAAGUUGAUUAUACGCUAAAAGUAAAAAAAGAUAAAAGUAAAAUUGAAAAACCCAGUUUAGCGCAUAAUCACAAUUACGACUUCGGACACAUAGAAAUUGAUACAGAAGAUAUUAAACAUGAAUAUGACUCGACGGAUGAAGAUGCACAAGAAAGCAAAGUUGAGAUUCAUGAAGAUUUAUUAACUAUAGGCGAAACGGUGUUUCUGAGAGAAACUCAUAAGAGAAAAAAUGAUGAUAAUGACGAUAAAAGACAUAAAAAAGUAAAGAAAGAAAGUGCAAUCCAAGAAACUGAAACCAAAAUUGAUAUAAAAGAAGAAAUUAUUGAUAAUGAUGAUGGAACACAUGAACUUGAUGAUAAAAUGCAGAUCAAAGUUAAAAAAGAGAGAGUUGAACAAAAAGAUAAAGGCGUAAAAAUGCAAAAUACUGAAAUUAUAAUUGAUAUAAAAGAAGAAAUUAUUGACAAUGAUGAUGUAAAUAGUGAAUAUAAUGAUAUGGAGACUGAUGUGAAACCUAGCGAGUUAGAACUGAGGGAAAGUGAUUUGAAUUAUCAAAAGAGGAAGUAGACGUUUAGUGAUUCACAUGUGAAAGAAAAAAAAACUUGUGGGGUAGAGUUGUGCCUGCUCGGUCACUGAAAAGAUCGCUCCCAACUAGUACGAUCUGCAAAGUGUACUAAUUCGUUCUUUUAGGACA